UCACUCUGUAGUAGCAGGCUCACUUGUAAUUUUAGUGAGAGAGUGUGAAGAAGAUGCAACCGUUUAACACCGGCGGCGGCAGCAGCGGCGCCGGCAACAGCCGAGCGGAAGCUGAACGAUGGCUCGAAAUCGCCGAAAAACUUCUAUCCGGUCGUGACCUAAUCGGAACCAAGACAUUUGCGAUCCGUGCACGUGAAUCCGACCCGAGAUUCGAUGCCGCCGAAUUAGUACUCACAGUCGCCGACACUCUCAUCGCCGGCGAGAAGAGGAUCAAUAAUCAGCCGGACUGGUAUGGUAUUCUUCAACUUCCACCUCCUUGUAGUGACUUGGAGCUCAUCGCGACUAAGUAUCGCCAGCUUGCGUUACUUCUAAACCCUCAUAAGAACCGACUUCCUUACGCUGAUGAAGCUUUCACGCUUGUUUCCUACGCCUGGUCAGUUCUUUCGGACCCUAGCAAAAAGUUUUUAUAUGACAAUGAUCUUAAUUUGUUUACGAGAUUUGAUCCGGCUCCGAGUCGCAGACAAGAAAUCGAUCUCCGAUUUGUUCAUAAUCCAAUGCAACAGCAACCGGAGCAAUCUCAACCUCAACAGCAGCAGCAGCAGCAGUUUGAUAGUGCAAACCUUGGAAAUGAACAACAAAAUGUCAGAUCUAUGGACGAAGACAAUAAUGUCUGUGAAGAAGAAGGUGAAAUGGAGGACAGUGAUGGUGAUGAUGAUGACGAAUCGCCUUUUUGGACUGCAUGUCCUUACUGUUAUUACAUGUACGAAUAUCCUGGUAUAUACAAAGACUGCACCUUUAGGUGCAAUAACUGUGAAAGGGCAUUUCAUGGUGUGAAGAUUGUAUCUCCUCCCGUUGAUGGUAAGGAGACACAUUACUGCUGUUGGGGGUUUAUUCCAUUGGCGGGUUCAAUUUCAAAUUCUUCGAAUAACAAAAAAACUUGGACUCCUUUCUCCCAGAUGGUUUCCGUUCAUCCUGAUGUUAACAGGAAACCCCUUAGGCAGGAAUCUGGUCCUAGGGUUCAUGUUGAUGUUGAUGAUGAUGAUGAUGGUGGUGGUGGUGGUGGUGGUGAUGAAGAGGACUACUAUGAUGAUGAUGAAAUCCUUAUUGAUAGGUCAUCGAGCGAUGGUUCUGAUGAUGACUGGGGUACCAACAGUAAGAGUAAGAAAAAGAAAGCCAAAUAUGCAGCUGCAGCAAAGGGAAAAGGUCCUAUGAAACAUGACAACCAUGGGAAAACAGAGAAAGUGGGAGAUCCUCAUUCUUCUUCACCAGUUGUUGCAAUGGCGCCACCACCAUCAAUGGGUUUGAAGAAGAAUCAUGAGGGUAAUGUUCCAAAACAAUGGGGGAAAUUGGACUUGAAUGUUGAGUUUAGUAAGGAGGAAGAAGAGCCUACUUCAGGGAUGAUGAGGUUUGGAGCUGGGGCAAUCCAUGCUGAAGAAGAAGAUGAAGAAGAAGAAGGGAUUGAAGGGAUAGGUUUCUUUGAAGGUCUUGAUGAAUUCUUGAGCAGUUUGCCUAUCCUUAAUGUUGUUGGAGAAGAAGAUAAAGUUAAGGCAGCCUAAUUAAUCUGUUUAUCUUGGUUUUUAGGUAUGUUAAAUAUAUAUAGUUAAAUCAAAUAUAUAUUACACAUCUUAUGGAAAACCCUAAAAAAUUGACUACUUUCUUCUUCCCUCCAAAGGGGUAAUUGCAUUAUCUUUCAUUAGUUUCUUUGAAUCAGAUCUCCAUCAUCUUCAACCCCUUGCCAAGUCUGGUGAUUUCUUUUCAAUUGCUCUUUUAAUCCAUUUCAGAAAUCAAUUAUUUAUUUCUACAAUUGUUUUAUUUAAAACAGAA